UUGAGCCUGUCAGAGCUAACAUGUCUAGCAAGUGUAACGACUAACACACAUACCGCACAGUUUCUAAAAUAAUUUUCCCCAUACCGAGUAGAAUAUAUGGUUAUAGUGUUCUCACCUAUCAUACAUUUUAUCCAGAAAAUAGCUCAUUGAGUUGAAGUGUUACUUAGUCGCAUGUAUUUGAUAUAAUUUCGAUGAUGGAGGGCUAUCCUGUAGUUACAGACGGUGACUCUACCAAACAGCAACAGCGGCAUUACUACCUCUUGUCAGAGUUACAAACUCUGGUCAAAGAUUUACCAAGCUCCUUCCAGCAACGCCUGUCCUACAGUACACUCGGUGACCUUGCUUUGGCUCUCAUAGAUGGGACUGUUUAUGAGAUAGUGCAGGGCCUCUUGGAUAUUCAACAUCUGACAGAGAAAAAUCUGUACAACCAGAGACAAAAGUUGCAUUGUGAACACCAAGCCCUCAAGCAAGAUCUCAUAAGGAAGCACAAGGAUGCCCUGCUAUCAUGCAAGUCUCACAACCUUGCGCUCCUCAAAUCAACUCAGCAAGCUGAGCUAGAGGCGUUGGAAAUUCGUGUACGAGAAGAACAAAUAAUGAUGGAUAAGAAGAUUGUGGUGGAAAUUGAUCAAAAAGUGAUAGACCAACAGAAUACUUUGGAGAAGGCUGGAGUUCCUGGAUUUUAUAUCACCACUAAUCCCCAGGUUAGCAGGGAGCUGACAAUGCAGAUGAACCUUCUGGAGUUGAUCCUGAAGCUUCAACAGAAGGAGUCCCAGGCUGGACUUUUAUGACAAUGAGGCACAAAUCAGUUAUAACGAUAUAUAACGAUAUAUUUGUAUAUUACAGUUUAUGUUGGAUGCAACAUUACGCAUUUCAAAUAAUUAUAAAACAUCUUCAACUCUACAACAAUCAAUGAAUGUUUACCCCUCGCAAAGGUGUUUGUCAACUACUGUGCAUAAUGUCCCUUCAAAACGCUGCUUGAAAAUAUGUCAAUACAUCAGUAAGACAUGGAUUUUAGUUGUUGUAGAAGUCAGCCCUUCUACCCCAGAUCAGUGUAGCUUUUGUUUCUGUACUACAAUUUCCUGGUGACUUUAGAGAGGCCUCAAUUUACAAAGGGUGAGUGUGACGAUGCCUGUUUUGUUUUGAUUGAUUUGAUGGCAUAUUUAUUUUCAUAAUAAUAUUGCGAUACACUUUUUGCACAUCUUUUGGUAAAAAUCAGUUUUAUGUUAAGUUAUGGUACAGAUUGAACCAACUUGAAUAAAUAUUUUUGA